UUGAUUACUAUAUAGUUCCAAAUCUGCCCUCUCUCUCGUUCUCUGUUCUCUCUCUCUCUCUCUCUCUCUCUCUAACUUCGAAGAAGGAAGAGGAGGGAUCGCGCCAUCGCGGUGCCCAGAUCCAGGUUUUGCAUUCGAUUUUUAGGAUCACUUCCUGGUAAAUUAUUAUUUCUUUUCAAUUUAGCGAUUUGGGUUUUUCUUGUUCUGCGUGAUUCUCCUUUAUCAAGAGUGGUGGUGAUCGUGCAUUCGCGCAGUUAGGGUUUGGGUUUCUUGUGCUGUGUUUUGGAUUCUUUGUGGUUAGUGCAUCUGUUGAUUCGGGAGGAGAAAUUCGGAGGUGGGUCCGUGCUGUUUGGACGGAUUGGAUUUGGUUUCUUGCAGUCUUGGGUAUUGAAGAUUUCGGCAUUGUCGAGAUGGUUCGCUUCGCGAUUUUUUCAUGGUGUCUUCGGUUUCCAUAGGGGAUGGUGGAAAGUGCAGGGAAUCAUUGGAAUUGCCGGUAGGUUCAUGGUUGCGAUGGGGAAAUCACAGAAGCUGUCGAGGAGAUACUCGGAAAAUUUUGUUUCCAAUUACAGGCUCGAAACUACGGGUGAAUCCGAUGGGGCGGGGUUACACAAUAAUGCUGCUCAUUCAGAUAGUGGGGGUUUCUGUAGUUCUGGUAGGAUUGAUGCUGAAUUAACGGCUUCGGAGGAUUCAUGCGCACCCAAGAGGAAAUUGAUGAGUCUGAAUGUGGAUAGGUCCGAUGCUUUGGGCGUCCCGUUAAAGGUUUUUUCUAUUGCAAAUAUGUCUAGAUCAGAACGGCGGGAACUGGCGAGGAAGCUUAGGGUUGAGCUGGAACAGGUUCGGGGUCUUCAAAAGAAGAUAGCUUCAAGGUGUUCUAACGGGAUUGCUUUAUCAUCUUCCAGCGGUGUCCGUAGCUGGAAGCCCACAGUUGAAAAGGCAGCGGUCGGUCCUUCAGUUAGUGCAAAUGGCAAGGGAAAGUCAAAUAAGAAGGCAAGUCAUGUAGAUUUACCCGAAUUGUCGUCUGGCCGUGUGAGAAGCCAGACUUCUGCUGGCAAACAUGGAGGUGGUUUGAAGCGUGGGCCAUCUGGAAGAUUUGAAUCGGCUAAUGCAGAUGCUAAAAAGGCAAAAUACAAGGAUUUAUCAGUGAUGACACAGUGUGAGAAUCUGCUUAAGCGUCUAAUGACUCACCAGUUUGGCUGGGUGUUCAAUGUCCCGGUAGACACCGUUAAACUAAAGAUUCCUGAUUACUUCCAUAUCAUCAAGCACCCAAUGGACCUGGGGACGAUUAGGAGCACUCUUGCCUCCGGAGCGUACUCUAGCCCUCAUGCAUUUGCAGCGGACGUUAGGCUUACUUUCUCUAACGCGAUGACUUAUAAUCCACCUGGCAAUGAUGUUCAUUUUAUGGCCGACACACUCAACAAAUUUUUUGAAGUAAGAUGGAAAGCAAUCGAGAAGAAGAUAGCUGCAAUAAAUGCUCAGCCAUGUAGAUCUCAGAACAGCAUACCGGCAGCAGCUUCAGAUUUGGCCGUUUCGGAGCAGAGUCAACAGGAAAAGGAAAAACAGCCUCAGCCUAAGAAGCGGAAAGUCUCAGAUGCCAAUGACAAAGUCAAGGUAGACAGUGCCAAACGUAUCAUGUCCGAUGCAGAGAAGCACAAGCUGAGCAGAGAUUUGGAGAAUCUGACAGGUGACAUGCUAGAGCAUGUUGUUGACUUCUUAAGAGGCCAUAGCCAGACCACUAACCAGAAUGGUGAAGAUGAAAUAGAGAUUGAUAUAGAUUCUCUGAGUGAUGAUGUGUUGUUUACGUUGCGUAAGCUAUUGGAUGACUACCUAAACAAGAGCCAAGAACCACAACAGAAAGCAGAGCUGAUUGACGUGGAGCCCACUGAAGUGGAGGUUUUAAAUGAGUCUGGGCUUAGCAACUAUUCUUUACAACCUUGCAAAGGAAAUGAACCCGCAGAUGAGGAUGUCGACAUUGGUGGAAAUGAUCCUCCUGUUUCGAGCUACCCUCCUGUUGAAAUAGAAAAGGAUAUGGUGGCACGUGGUGGCAAAUGCAGUAGUUCAAGCAGCUCAAGUAGUGAUUCUGCGUCUUCUUCCAGUGAUUCAGAUUCUGGAAGCUCUUCUGACAGUGGAACGGAUGGUGCUAAGGCUAUAUCCCCUGUAGUGGCUACUAAGGAAACAAUAUGUUCUGGACCAUCUCUGGACCAAACAGGAAGUGAAAAGUUCCAGACUGAUGAUGGAAGUUGUCCUGUCAGUGAGUUGGCUGAGCUUGAGCAGAAUUCACAAUCUAAAGCUGUCUCGAGUGGAGCUGACAGUCAGAAUGAGGGGGAGAAUGCUCCUUCUGGAAGGCAGGUCUCCCCAGACAAGCUCUAUCGAGCAGCAUUACUGAGGAGCCGAUUUGCUGACACAAUUCUUAAAGCUCGUGAGAAGACACUUGAUCAGGGUGAUAAGGGAGAUCCUGAGAAACUGAGACUUGAGCGAGAAGAACUUGAAAGACAGAAAAGAGAAGAGAAAGCACGAUUACAAGCUGAAGCAAAGGCUGCAGAGGAUGCUAGAAGGCAGGCUGAAGCAGCAGCAGCUGCUGAAGCUAAGAAGAAGAGGGAACGAGAGCGUGAGGCUGCACGCCUGGCAUUGCAAAAGAUGGAGAAAACAGUUGAGAUUGAUGAGAAUUGCCAGUUCCUGAAAGAUUUAGAAAUGCUUCAGUCUGGCCCAUUGCCUGAGCAUUUGCCAAGCUCUGUUGAUGAAACAAGCCCGGACCACUAUGAAGAUAGUAUGGCUGCAGGUUUCAAGCUUGGUGGACGUAACCCUCUUGAGCAACUUGGUUUAUACAGGAAGGAUGAUGACGAGGACGAAGAUGAUGGUUUGCCUGCUAAUACUGCUGUGGCUUCUGCUUUGCCCGAAGGUGGUGAUGUUGAGGAAGGGGAAAUUGACUGAAGAGAAUCAAGCACACGUGAUUCUUUCUCAGCACUGGGCCUUCCUGCUGGUAAUCAAGGGGGAGAGCUGAGCUGGAUUUAACCAGUUUCGUUCUCUGAAAUGCAGCCACAUUACUUAACUUCGACUGAGUUGAUGCGGAUCAACCUGAGUGUUACCUAAUGAAGUUACUUUCAGCUGGUGUUUGAAGAGUCUUGCUUGGGAUUGUCGCUGUCUAGACAAUCUGGCUGGGGAGCAAAGCUCAGUGCCAUGUAAUGCUUAUAUUUUAUGCUUUGGGCAGGGUUUUUCCCUUUAUGCUUGUUUCUGGGAAAGAGAGAUAUUUUGCAGAACAGGGCUUGAACAGUUCCCUUUCGGUGGGGGUUAUGUAGAUAAAAUUUUGUUUCCCCAACUGUUGCGGGCACCAAAGUUUUCCCGUGCAUGAAAUGUGUAUUCCUGAAGCCGAUAUGCUGGAUUUCUGUCAACAAUCAUCUUGCUGAUGCUCAACUUUGGUUCUUCCUCCUUUGUGCAUUUUGACAAAAAUGCCAUGAAGAGCAAGUACCUGUGAAUUGCGUUAUGAUGUUAUUAUCAAGGCUGAGUAAAGCUGGAUGCUGGAUCUUCUUGCGUGCAGCCAAGAAGCAGGAUGAUGGACUUGAUUUUUUGUCAAAUGCAACUAUGCUCAAAAGUUUGUGAUUUUUUAAGUCACAGAGGUGUAAAAAUACGAUUUUCUAUUUGUAUUAGCCACUUGUUCCUUUAUUA